AAAACAGUUUAUUCAUCGUCAAUGGAAAAUGUGGAUACAAGUUCGAGAUUUCAGAUAUAUUAUCAUUUACAAUGAAGUGUUUUCACAUAUCCUGUGUAAGGUGACUGGCGGUAUCUCUGAGAGGUUGGAUGUUUAGACACACUAAUACAUAAUGCGUAUCCCGUUGUGUACACAUAUCCGGUCUAGAUGGUUUGAACAUCCGUAGUUCCACGGCUAUGUGUGAGUUUGAUAAGUACCAGAAAGUAGAGUUACUGUCACACGAUUAGCGGACGGAGGAUCGAGCCUCCACUGUCAUGCACUGAAUGAUCUAAACGAGCUGGACAGAUACCCAAAGUCAGUACUUGAUCAACUGAUCAGUGGUUCGUACGUUGGAUUACGUGCGGCCAGCAAUAACAGCCUGGUUGAUCUGUCCCUGAUCUACCAGGAGGCCUGGUCAAGGACUGGGCCGGGGGCGUUGGUCCCCGAAACACCGUCCAGAUAGACCCGACGAAUUACAGCUACCCUCUCUUUUCUCAGAUCCAACCUAAAUACCUCAGAUUCCCUAGGCGCUUCCACAGGAAUGUGAUAAUAAUAAUUAGAUGGUACUCGGUACUGUCAUCAUGGUGCUUCCUCCACUCACAAGAUGAGUAGCGGUACCCAACAAGCUCACCAGUUUCAUACUAAUGUAUGCCUUCCUAGUACACUACUUGUUUCCACAGAACGUAGGCCUACAUACCAUGCGCAACAAUACCAGCAGCACCAUGGAGGAGGGUCAAGAGGGUGCCACUGAAGACGAUCAGAUGGCCCUGCUUGAGGAGGUUGCUUACGGCUACAUUAUGCCAGCGUUCAUCUGCGUGGGAGUGUUGACCAACCUGGUGAAUGUGGUGAUGCUGACCAGGGCGAGGCGGCAGCACACUCAGCGUCAUUCUCAGGCCACAACUUUCUUCUACCUCAUAUGGCUCGCCCUUACGGAGAUGUUGGCUUCACUCGCCCUCCUCCCAGCUCUUGCUAACCUCGACCGCCGCCACCUCUCCUACGGUUGGGCCUUCUAUUACGCUCACUUGGAAAUCCCUGUGUUAAAUGCCCUGACAAGCUCCAGUGUAUACAUCGUUGUGGGUCUGUCUGUGGACCGCUACAUCGCUGUGUGUCAUCCUCGACGUUACCAGGAUGUCAGUGCUCCCCGCCUCGCUGUCAUCCGAAUCACACUAUCCCUACUGUUACCGCUUCUACUCUACAUUCCUCACGGCUUUUACCAGGAAGUAGUACCUGCCGACAGCGGGGCUGGAUGGACAUACACUGGCCUAGAGAUGCUUGUCCCUGAAGCAUGGUACGUGUGGACGGUGGUAGUGGAGCUGUGUCAUCGCAUGCUUCCUGCUAUACUCCUUGCUCUCCUCAACGCUUCCAUCAUUUACACCUUCAAUAAAGUGACAUCACGGCGCAGAGUAAUUACGAAAAAUAAGGGCGUCGCGGGAAGCAGUAAUGAAGAUAGAAGCCAACAGGAGCAGCGCCUCGUGUACCUACUGCUGGCCAUUGUCACUACUUUCCUGCUGACCAACCUGCCAGCCACCGUCCUGGCGCUCAUAGACACAGCAGGGGCCACACACGGCUCGUUCUCACUCGAGGUGUUCCGGGCAGUGGCCAACUGCCUGGAGGUGCUGGGCUUCUCUUUGAACUUCGUGUUGUACUUCGCCAUGGUGCCUGGGGUACGCCAGGGUCUGAAGGAGCCGCUGCUGGUGCUCCACCAGGCCCUCUGCUGCAUUGUGGGCAAGGCCAGUGCCCCACACGGCUGCUCCUAUUCCCAGGACCAAUCCAAGAACACGGAAAGCGUCCAAGUGUAGAGUAGAUGAUGGACAUUGAGCAUACGUCGACAUGGAUGGCCGACACGGAUAGUGUAAGAUACAUGGCAAUAGAGUUGUGUACGAUACAUGGAUAAGGAGUUGUAUACGAUACCUGGACAUGGAGUUGUGUAGGCAACGCGGAUUUAGUGAUGUAGGAUAGAUUAUAAACAUGGAGUGGUGCUGGAUACGUAAACAUAUAAUUGUGAUAAGAUUAUAACCUAGGAAAGGAUCAGUGCUUGUAAUGGGAAUAAAAUAUAGGAAAUUUUGAGACUGGAUGCAAAUAUUGCAAUAGAUAGAUGAUUAGUUAUGUGACGAGACUGAAAUAUAUGAAGUUAUUGUAGUAAUAUCUAUAUGAUACAAUUAUAUCCAGUGGGGUUUGAUAAAUUCUCAUUGUGACCUCCGUAAUUCUGGUGUUGCUCUACCCCUCACAAAAUGAACAUGGGAUGCAACAACAUACUACAGCUCACAGGAUGAACAUGGGAUGCAACAACAUACUACAGCUCACAGGAUGAACAUUUGGGGUGCAAACAACAUACUACAGCUCACAGGAUGAACAUGGGAUGCAACAACA